UUAUAAAACGUCCUCAGAAACCAAAAAACAAAUAACACUCUUCUCCUCACGCAAAAUGCCAGACAUUGCAGCAAAACCUAACCAUGCGAAGCCGAGAGGCAAGCCAGGCGUUAAAUCCGAGGAUCGGCACUCAGUACCGGUAGACGAACAACCGAUUUUGCAAAAGCUGUUUCAGUUCAGGCAUGAUUUUUCGAAACUUCGGCAUCAUACUCGCAAUAAUGUGACCUUGAAUGACUUGAACAAGAAGGCAGACGAGCUCGCUCUUAUCAUGUUCGACUUGCGUGCGGUCCGCGAGUCCAAUCCUAAUGCAGAGCGCAAUCGCAUUGAUGAGGUUUUGGAUACCAUCUGGACCAUGUUAUUCUACACCUGGGGGAAAAUUAGUCGCAUCGAUGAAGACCUUUACCCCGUCUAUGAGCAGCUGGCACUUAUAUUACGUCGCUGUGCAGAGAUGGACCAGUCUGGUGCUUUCACAGCGGAAGAUGUAAAUCAUUUGAAAGAGAGAGUGCUAGAAAUCGAGAGAAAAUUCAUGAGGAAUGGGGCGUUCGUCAACCCUGACCGACCUCCAGCUCCUCUCGCAGAUACAUUAGGAUCAGAAUUGCCGACGGGGCAAGCUAUCAUGAUAUCAACGUUAAAUAAAAUUCAUCGUCUCCUUGGCCACCUUGAUAACCUCACUGAAGAUAUUGAUCCACAGCUAAUGGCAAUUCACGAUCGUUUAGCGACCAUCUCCAAGCAUUUGUCACAUCUCGCUGCUCACGAGGAUUGCACAUUGUCCGACAUUACGCCACUGGAACACGAAGUUCAAAUGAUCGACGCAGGCCGCGUAGACGGCGCUUUUGUUGUACCAGGCCAACCAGCCAAUAUGGUUCUUCCGGGGCAAGGAGCUCUCAAAAAUCUUUUUCACAAAGUAUCGGAACAAGUCUAUAAUAUUAUGAUUCGAUUCGAACCGAUCGACAAAGAGUUGCUUCCCAUUUAUGAAUCCCUGCGGUCGCUAAUGACGGACCUGAUGACUCAAUCGGAAUCUAGCCUAGUUCUUAACGACAGUGAUGUUGACACAUAUCUGGAUCGACUAUUCGAUAUUGGGUUGGCAAAAGACGGGGAUGUUUUUGUUCCAACUGGACAAAAGCAAGAGGAAAUGGAGAAGGCUCACGGGCAGUCUGUCUUGCAGUAUUUGAUGGAGAGAUGUCAGUCAUUGAUACAUGAAAUACUUUGCCGUUCGGCAGGAACAAGGAUGUAGGGCUAAAUAAAGCAUGAGCAUAUUCUGCGGAGCGCAUCUAUAACUGUAAAUCCGCUUGCAUCAACAUGAUCAUAAGUAGCGUUUUCGCUGAAACAUCCUCCGACUAAGAAUUUCGGAAUCAAUGGGCUAGUAGGAUUUCUCUCGUGGUGGUGGGCUUAGUUACCCGGUUGACCAACCGUUAUGCAUGUGUAAUUGGGCCUAGUAGUAGUUAGUUACUUGUAAGGAGUUAGCUAGUUAGCUUUUCCGAACUGGUUGUCGCCGGUUCAUUCCCUGGUGUGGAGGCACUGACAUUUGUUUUUGCCAAUACACUAAGUAGCGUUUUCGGACA